UUCAAUAUUCCUUUUGCCCAUCAUCAUCAUCAUUAUCUUCACCACCACCACCAUCACCGCCACCGCCACCACCGCCAGUCUCUGCGGGACUUCAAGACAAGAGAGAAACAGAAACAAGCGUGCACACCUCAGGCACCAGCCGGCUUGGUCCAUGUGGCUGGGAUAACGAGUGGCGGUGCUGACGAACCCUCGAAACGACUGGACGAACUGAAGCUCACGAACAAAGGAGUCAAAGCGAGACGCGCUGGGCAUUUCUCCGGUGCGACGACGAACGGAACCUCCCCAGACGGCAUCGCUAUUAUUCCUAUUAUCAUCAUUAUAUCGCUCCAGGACGAACGUGUAUCAACAUGCCUAUAAGCAAUGAUGGCAGGGGGUGGAUCAUGACUGGAUUGAGCGGCGUCGCCUGCAUCUGCGGAGCGUCCUUUAUAUGUGUGGAUAUCAUCGUUCGUCAAUUUCCUGGGAAGAAGGGGUGGCGAAUACAGGACAGCGAUGUCUUUCUCUCCAUAUCGCUGAGUCUGAGCUUCGGAGUCAUGCUCUUCUCGGCUUUGUAUAGCAUGCUGCCUUCCGCCAAGUCGUCCCUCAUCAAAGGUGGCCAUUCAUCUCAAGAAGCAUCGUGGAUUCUGAUUGCCUGCUUCGCCGCUGGUGUGAUUGGCAUUCAGAUUGUUUCGAGAGUGAUGCAUCAUUUUGUACCCCAUAAUGUGGUCGACUGCGAGCACCAACAUGACGACGAAGAGAACCAGAAGGAGAAUGGCGGCCACUCACACCACGGGCACGCAGACAGCCACAAUCACGAUCACCACGAUAAUGUCAACCAUGUCCCAGCCCGACACAAGUCAGCUCGAGCGAUAAAAUCCCACAGAGGUUACGCCCGACGACCACAGAUGCGGGAAGCACAGACCUCAUUGUCCUACUUCAGCAACCACAAGUCCUCGCUCUCGAAUCCGACUGCCGCUCCAUCAUCCGAGUCUACGCGUCCGUCUCUGCUCGCGGACGAGGCUGGGAGAAGACCGACCUUACAAUCUCGAAUUACCUCGAGCGUGACCAAGCUGGCGUCCGUGAGGGGCCCCUCUUGUGAACGCGACGGCCCUUGCCAUGGCUAUAGCGAUCCGUGCCAAGAGACAUGUUUCAAAAGUGUUGCCGCAGCAGGAGGCUUGAAAGCGCCAAAAGCUACAUUAGGCAUGCAUCGACCAGCAGCCACAAAGAGUGUAACAGCGACAGAGGCCACACCUUUGUUGCGUGGUAGGUCUCAAGAGCACCUGACCAGACCUCACACGCGAGCAGAUGCAGAAGGCGCGGCAGGCUGCAAUCACCACCAACAUGAUGCUCAUAACGACGGACCAUCCGAUACCAGUGCGGAGACGCUGGCGCCCGAUGGCACCGACGAUGUGCACCAGAUGCACGCUCACAUUGCCAAGAGUGGUGGAGGCGGCGUCGAAGAAGAAGAAGAAGAAGGUGAUGAUGGUCAGGCGGAACAUCAUCACCACCAUCACGUCCCCACGAACGCUUUCAUGGAAAUUGGCCUCCAAACCUCGAUUGCCAUCGCCCUCCACAAACUCCCCGAAGGCUUCAUCACCUAUGCCACGAAUCACGCCAACCCCGAACUCGGCAUCUCCGUCUUCAUCGCCCUCUUCAUCCACAACAUCACCGAAGGGUUCGCCAUGGCGCUCCCGUUGUAUCUCGCCAUUAACAAUCGUCUCCAAGCGAUGGUGAUUUCAUUUGUCCUCGGCGGUCUCUCCCAACCGCUCGGUGCCGGUGUGGCGGCGGUGUGGUUCCACGUGGCGGGACAGAGCAAUUGGGCGCCGAGCGAGAGUGGGUAUGGAGCCAUGUUUGCCAUCACGGCGGGGAUCAUGACGAGUGUGGGGUUGCAGCUGUUUGCGGAGAGUUUGGAAUUGACGCAUUCGAAGCAUUUGUGCUUUAUUGGUGCUUUUGCGGGAAUGUGUAUAUUGGGGGCGAGUAGUGCGCUUACGGCUUGAUGGCUUGAUGGAUGGAUGUAUGGAUGUAUGAAUGAAUGCAUGAAUGAUGGUAGUCUGACUCGCAGUAUCGAUAUGUAUGACGAGACACGUGAAGUACCAUGGAAUUGUGGACCCAGAUCUAGAUUAUGAAUUUCAAAGG